AUGCCGGCGCCCAUCCCCCCCUCCCUCCUCGCUCGCAGGGGUAGUGUCCCGGCGAACACUUUGCUCGGGUUGGGUCCGCCGCAGGGCGGGUGGUCGAACAGCGUCUACAAGGCGGUGUACCACACGCCGGCGAUGCGCCCGCGCAAGCUGAGUGGGGAGAAGAAGCGCACAGCCCAGUCGCCCCAGACGUCGAUCGACCUGGGACGCCGAGCGCCCACUACGCCGCUCGGCACGAGUCCGGCCAGGAGCGCGCCGACGCCCAGCCCUGCCCACUCGGCACACUCAAACUACUCGUCCUCGGACCGCGACACGAGCCCGCGGGCACCCAGUCUCGCGCUCCCGAGCCCCGUCGUGCAGUACCCCGCCCUCUCGCCGUUUGUGCCGUACCCCGCUUCGCUGGCGCCGGCGGCCAAGGGCCCAGCCCCGCCCCCGACGACAUCGAGCACGAGUUUGCCCCUCGAGACGAUCCCGAGUAGUUCGGGGGAGGAGAGGGAGCACGAGUAA